UAAAUAUGAUAUUUUUGACAAAUGUCAAGACCCUGUUACAUUUUUUCUCUAUAACCUUUAAAUCAACCGCUUCGCUUUUACCUUCAUGUUGAGGACAGAACCCAAAAAAAAAAAACCUUUACUUAUAAAACGUGACAAUACUUUUCAUGUUUAUGCUUAAGGUCGCUCACAAAGUAACCCACCAUGCAACACUCUCUUCGUUCUGAUCUUCUUCGUUCGAAGACUUCUUCUUCUCAUUCUCAUUUACUUCCACAAACCAAAAAUGUAAACAUCUCCCGAAGAGUUCUUAUCAACCCUUUCAAGAUAACAACACUUCCUGAUCUCCCUCCUCUCUUCAAAUCUCCGGUCACGCCACCACCGGUUAAGCUCAAACCAACCCAUCCAAACUUAAACCCUCUCCAGAAGCUAGCGGCUUCGAUGCUCGACAAGAUAGAGUCCUCUAUCGUCAUACCGAUGGAGCAGAAUCGACCGCUUCCUAAACCGACCGAUCCAGCGGUUCAAUUAUCAGGUAACUUCGCUCCGGUUCAAGAAUGUCCGGUUCAAAACGGUUUAGAAGUCGUUGGUCAGAUUCCUUCUUGUCUACGAGGAGUUUACGUACGUAACGGCGCUAACCCUAUGUUUCCACCGUUAGCCGGACAUCAUUUGUUUGACGGUGACGGAAUGAUUCACGCCGUUAGUAUCGGUUCUGAUAACAAGGUUAGUUACAGCUGUCGGUACACUAAAACGAACCGGCUUGUUGAAGAAACCAAGCUUGGAAGAUCGGUUUUUCCUAAACCAAUCGGCGAGCUUCACGGCCAUUCCGGUCUAGCUCGACUCGCUCUCUUCCGCCGCAAAAAAGUGGAGGAGGAUAUCAAACCUGGCUACUUCAAGUGA